ACACUCGACGGGGCUCUCAACCCCUUUUUGUAGUACCGUGAUGGUACGUCGCCGUGUCUGACAUCAAUACUUCGCCCGCUAAUGUGCAAAGGAGAUCGGGCGGGGAGGACGUGAGAAAAAGGGGGCGGUUACCCCUGAGAUUCUAUCUGCGGACGUGCUACGUGUGCGAGAAGCUAUGAAUCCGCGGGCGCCGCAGGACCUUGAGCCUGGUGAGGUUGAGGAGCACGACCAGUCGCAGCGAUAUGAUGUCAUAUCUGAGACCUAUGGACGCGACGAUACAGCGGAUGCUCGAUGUGAAGGUCAGAGUCGUGCAGAUAGGGAAAGGGACUGCGAAAUAGGCCGAUCAGCCUCGAGGCGUGCGCGUCAGACCGACACCUCGAGGGCCCGCCGUCAGCACGACACCUAUAGACGCGGCGAUAGUGCUGACACCCGGUACGAAGGCCGCGGCCGCGAUGGUAGAGAUUCGAACCGUACAUCAGAGCGACGGCGUUCAAGAUCUUCGCACCGGCGCGACACCUCGAGGGCCCCCCCAUAUCGACGUGACAGCGUGCGCACGGAAUCUAGACCAAGAACUCCAAUCCGUGGUUAUCGCGGCGAACAACAAGACUAUAGCCGCAAAUCUCGUCGAUUUUCAGGCCCUUCUGACCGUCAUUACGAGCCCCCAGGGACACCCCGCCGCGGCGAAAGCCCGGCCGGCCGCCGUCGCAGCAGCGCCUCGAUGGAGCGUCGUGAUAGAUAUCGCCCCAACAACAACCGCGAUAUCGAGCGCUCACAUAGGCGUAAAUACCGCCAUGAGAUGGACUCCUACCGUCCCGGGGAGAACACCGCAGAGAAGCGUCGUCGCCGCCCUGAGGGAGACUCCUAUCGACCGGACGAAGGCGCUGCAGAUGUGCCGGAUGCUAAGCGAAUUGCUGCAGACCAAGAUCGCACCGGAGCGGCCUCUGGGGAAGCCGAGAUGGCGGAUCUCAAGGACGGAUUAAGGAGAGGCUACACUGGCUGCCAAGAUCUGAGCAAGGAUUUGGAGUCUCUGAUCAGCGAAUGCACCGUAGACGAAGAGCUGCGGAGGAAGUUAGAGGUGCUGCGGGAGAGCGUGAUCUCUCUUGCAGAAGACCUUCAUAUCGAUUGACCGGUCGGAGGGGUUUGACACUCACUCGCCGCUGUCUGAGUGGCUUCAGUCUGUUAAGUUUUUU